AUGUCAGCUGGAGCAGUUGGCAAGUAUGGGAAGCUGGAGCAGUUGAGAGUAGCUAAGAGAGGUGUGCUUCACCAGCCAAAGGGAAGGAAGAAAUUGCACUCUAUAAAUAGAGAGCUGCACACUCAUUCAAUCGGGAGUCAGACACACACAUUCACUUUAUCCAUUAUUCUCAUACACACAUUCAGAUUCACCACAAGGGAUAAGAGAGCCAGUUGCAAAGGAGGGAGAGCUUGGAGCUGUCCUGGGAAUUCCUUGCUGCCAUCAUCUAGUUCUUCUCCUCUCUUUAUCCUAUCUAUGUAUCUUAUUUUCUGUAUUCAUAGUUAUGUCUAA